AUGACAGUGUCACUGCUUCUGAAACCUCACUGGGUCGACAGUGUGAUGUUCCUGUAUGAAAGCAACUCGGAUGAGAUUAGUAAGAAUAACGGGGUAAUGGAAGGAUUUGUUGGUGCUGGGAAUUUCUCUGCGAAUCAGUGCAGGAAUUUGAUGGCUCACUCUGCACUCGGGGCUCAUCCUUCACCUUUGGUUCACGGGUCUGGCUACUCAACAGUCGACGUUCCCGGCUCUGGGGUAGUGGAACCCGGUAAGCAGUGCACCCCAUGCCCAGUGCCCCAGGCCUCCUCCGCCGCCCCUUUACCGUACGGAUAUUUCGGCAGCGGCUACUACUCCUGUCGAAUGGGCCGAAGUUCAAUCAAGCCUUGCUCCCAGCCUGCCGCCCUAUCUAGUUACCCUGGAGACAAGUACAUGGACAGUCCUGUCCCCACUGAUGAAUACCCAGGCCGGCCGAAGGAAUUCGCCUUCUACCAUGGCUAUGCGAGUGCCUACCAACCAAUGCCAAGUUAUCUGGACGUUUCUGUAGUCCAAACUAUCAGUGGCGCGGGGGAGCCGAGGCACGAAGCGUUGUUACCUAUGGAAGGCUACCAGCCCUGGGCCCUUAAUGGGUGGAAUAGCCAGAUGUGCUGUUCUAAGGAACAGGCACAAUCGGGACAGCUCUGGAAACCCACACUGGCAGCAGAUGUUGCAGCUCAUCAACAGGAUGGAAGUUCCUUUCGGCGCGGGAGGAAGAAAAGGAUUCCUUACACCAAAAUCCAACUCAAAGAACUGGAGAGGGAAUAUGCAACAAAUAAAUUCAUCACGAAAGACAAGAGGAGGAAGAUCUCGGCGGCCACGAAUCUGAGCGAACGGCAGAUCACCAUCUGGUUUCAGAACAGGAGAGUGAAGGAAAAGAAAGUUAUCGCGAAAGUAAAAACCAACACACCUUAA